AUGUGUAGAAUUGUUCGACACCUUUCAUUCAGUCCAAUGGAUUUAGAGCAGCGGAUUAAAGCGUACCGUUUCGUAGCCUAUUCGGCUGUCACUUUCUCUGUUGUGGCUGUUCUAUCAGUAUGUGUUACUCUCCCCAUGGUUUACAACUAUGUACAUCAUGUGAAGACAUCUAUGCAUUCAGAAAUCAAUUACUGCAAAGGGUCAGCCAAAGAUAUUUGGAGUGAAGUGAACAGUCUCAAAAAUGUUCCGUCCAACCGUACCGCUCGUCAGGCCGGCUACGGAGAUGCAGCUAUAACUGAAGGAUCCUCCAAAAUUAAUGUGGGAGCGAAUGCUUGUGAAGCUUGCUGCCUUCCAGGCCCGGCAGGCCCUCCUGGAGCACCGGGGAAACCAGGGCGUCCCGGCAAGCCAGGCGCACCUGGUCUUCCUGGAAAUCCAGGUCGUCCACCUCAGCAGCCAUGUGAACCCAUCACUCCACCUCCAUGCAAGCCAUGCCCACAAGGACCACCUGGACCUCCAGGUCCUCAGGGACCUCCAGGCGAACCAGGACCGAACGGAGCACCAGGAGCUCCUGGAAAUGAUGCGCCUCCCGGACAACCUGGACCGAAAGGGCCACCUGGUCCUAAUGGAAACCCUGGAGCGCCUGGAGCACCUGGAGAACCAGGAGUGGAUGCAGUCUCAGAACCACUUAUCCCAGGAGAGCCAGGUCCAGCUGGAGAACCAGGGCCACAGGGACCUCCAGGAGCACCCGGUCAGCCAGGAUCAGAUGGCGCACCAGGGCAACCUGGACCAAAAGGACCUCCCGGUCCAGAUGGAAAACCUGGAGCUGAUGGAAAUCCAGGUACACCUGGACCAGCUGGACCACCAGGCAAUCCUGGAGAACCCGGAAUUUGCCCCAAGUAUUGUGCAAUCGACGGUGGAGUGUUCUUCGAGGACGGAACCCGGCGCUAA